AUGAGUUCCACUGAAUAUGAAGAAUCAGGUACCCAAAUACCUGAAAAUACCAAAAGUACUUCCCUUUUCAGGUACAAUUCACCGUUUGUUCAGAUUAUCCUUAUUGGGUUGGUCUGCUUUUGUGGCCCUGGUUUGUUCAAUGCCCUCUCUGGAAUGGGUGGUGGCGGCGGCGAAGUCAAUGCCACUGCCUCCAACAACUCCCUCACUGCACUUUACACCACUUUUGCCAUUUUUGGCAUCCUUGGUGGUGGCAUCUACAACAUCCUCGGACCCCACCUCAUACUUUUCGCAGGUUGUUCCACAUAUGCACUCUAUGCAGGUCCCUUUCUUUAUUACAACCAUUACCAACACCAAACCUUUGCCAUAGUUUCUGGUGCCUUUCUUGGGAUUGGAGCAGGGCUAGUAUGGGCUGCACAAGGUGCUAUUAUGACAUCAUAUCCUCCAGUGAACCGCAAAGGGACUUACAUUGCCAUUUUUUGGAGCAUCUUCAACAUGGGUGGUGUGAUUGGUGGCUUAGUUCCUUUCAUUUCGAAUUACCAUCGUGGUAAUGAUGCUGCUUCUGUUAAUGAUGGAACCUACAUAGGUUUUAUGGUGUUUAUGUCAGCUGGGGCUAUUUUUUCAUUGACUAUCUUGCCAGCAAGCAAGGUUAUUCGUGAUGAUGGGACUAGGUGUACCAAUAUGUUGUACUCUAAUGUUGCCACUGAAUCAGUGGAGAUUCUUAAGUUGUUCUACAAUUGGAAAAUGCUUCUCAUAAUUCCUGCUGCUUUGUCCAGCAAUUUCUUCUACACCUACCAAUUCAAUCAUGUCAACAAGACAGAGUUCAGUUUGAGAACUAGAGGAUUUAACAAUGUUUUCUAUUGGGGAGCACAGAUGGUGGGAUCAGUUGGGAUUGGAUACAUAAUGGAUUUCAGUUUUAAGAGCAGAAGGAAUAGGGGUCUCUUGGGAAUUGGUGUGGUAGCUACUCUUGGGUCUGUCAUAUGGGGUGGUGCAAUUGCUAAUCAGGUUAAACACCACACCAAGAUUUUGGAUUUUAAGGACGCAGGUUCUAGCUUUGCUGGGCCCUUUGUGUUGUAUUUUAGCUUUGGGUUGCUAGAUGCUAUGUUCCAGAGCAUGGUCUAUUGGGUUAUUGGAGCACUGUCUAAUGAUUCUGAGAUUCUUAGCAGGUACAGUGGGUUCUAUAAAGGCAUACAAAGUGUAGGGGCAGCAGUUUUUUGGCAAAUUGAUAACCACAAUGUUUCCUCCAUGACACAGUUGAUUGUGAAUUGGGUUCUCACUACAGUACGCUAUCCGUUACUCUUGGUUCUGAUUCUAUUGGCAGUGAAAGAGGACAAUAAAACAGAAGAGGAACCCGUUAAACAGGUUGACAAUGGCUUUGCCAAAUGA